AUGAUGUAUCUUGGACCACAAAUGAUAAAAUCCAAUGGUCCUUAUAAGUUUAAAAUUCAUGCUGAUGAAAUUUUAAUCUUACAAGCUCACACUAUGACUGGCACUAAGUCGAUUUUCAAAGGAUGUCUAAAGCCCAAUGAUGAAUUCACCUUCAAAUCAUAUCGUUUGAUUGCUCGUCAUCUUGCUAUUACUAUCUAUAUCAAUGGAAUCAUUGACCAGCACAUUUUUGUUUGCUGUGAAAAAGGCUUCGUUAACCAAUCUCAUUUUCAGACAAGAAGAAGUUCAUGCCAACUUCUAUCGAUUACCGGAGGAAUACCAUGUGAGACUUGUCAAUCGCAUGAAUUGAUAAAGUUUUUCCCAAAUGAACUGGAACAGAAUGAUGCCAAUCAUAUCAGACUUACCAGUGCUCAAUCAGUUUCUCGAUCGUCAUCUACGAUAUCCAUCAAAGAUACGGCAGAAGAGCUAACGCCUGCCAAGUUAGCUUCCAGCCCAUUAACAAAGUCUAAACCAGUUAAAGUUAAAACGAAAGAUAAUAUCGAACAGACGCCAUUACCAGAUACUACUUCCGCUAAAUACAAUCCGAUCAAAGACUCAAGCAACACUGAAGUAAUCACACCAACAUUGAAUAAUACCAGAUGGUCAUCAUCAUUUACUUAA